CGCCGCACUCUCUCGCAGCCUCACUCCCAUUCCGUCCCACCCACCCACCGCCGCGGCACACACGACGAACACCUGAGCGGGGAGAGAGGGAGGGAGCCGAGAUGAGGCCGUCGCUGCUGAGAUCCGCGUCCCAGCUCCUCCGCCGCAACCGCCGCCGCGACUACUCGGCGGCCGCGGCCGGCCAGCCGGAGCGGAAGGUGGCCAUCCUCGGCGCGGCGGGAGGGAUCGGCCAGCCCCUCGCGCUCCUCAUGAAGCUCAACCCGCUCGUCUCCUCGCUCUCCCUCUACGAUAUCGCCGGCACCCCCGGCGUCGCCGCCGAUGUCUCCCACAUCAACUCGCCGGCACUGGUGAAGGGCUUCGUCGGCGAGGAGCAGCUCGGGGAGGCGCUGGAGGGUUCGGACGUUGUAAUCAUCCCGGCCGGGGUGCCGAGGAAGCCCGGGAUGACCAGGGACGACCUCUUCAACAUCAACGCUGGCAUUGUCAAGGGCCUCUGCACUGCCAUCUCCAAGUACUGCCCCAACGCUCUUGUCAAUAUGAUCAGCAACCCUGUCAACUCGACUGUCCCAAUUGCAGCGGAGGUGUUCAAGAAGGCUGGUACUUACGAUGAGAAGAAACUGUUCGGUGUGACCACGCUUGAUGUUGUCCGUGCUAAAACUUUCUAUGCUGGAAAGGCCAAUGUGCCAGUUACUGAGGUGAAUGUUCCUGUUGUUGGUGGUCAUGCUGGUAUUACUAUCCUGCCACUGUUCUCACAGGCAACUCCAGCGACUAAUGCAUUGUGUCAUGAGGAUAUUAAGGCUCUGACCAAGAGGACACAAGAUGGUGGGACGGAAGUUGUUGAAGCAAAGGCUGGAAAGGGCUCUGCAACAUUGUCGAUGGCAUAUGCUGGAGCAGUAUUUGCAGACGCAUGCUUGAAGGGGCUAAAUGGAGUUCCUAAUGUUGUAGAGUGCUCUUUUGUGCAAUCAACAGUAACAGAGCUGCCAUUCUUUGCCUCAAAGGUAACGCUUGGCAAGAACGGGGUGGAGGAAGUACAUGGGCUGGGCCAGCUUUCUGACUUUGAGAAGGAGGGUCUGGAGAACCUCAAGGGUGAGCUCAAGUCUUCCAUUGAGAAGGGCAUCAAGUUUGCUCACGCGAACUAGUCAACCUAAGCAGACUCUAACAAAUUCAAAUGUGAACUAGGGGGGGACCCCUCGAAUUUUUGGUUUGACUGCUGUUCUGCCUCCCAUCUGCUGGGGCACCGAGGUGUUGUGCUCCAGAAUAAAAUCCAGUGGCUUGAUGCCAACCUGAACAAUACUUGUACCCAAAACUGUGACUUCGGUGCCUUUUGCACAUUUUACCUGAAACUGCGGACGGUGAAUCUGAAUCGUGAA